AUGUCAAUCGAAUGGGGCAAAGGCUCACGAUCAACUAGCAAUUGGCCAGAGCGUGGCAUUCCCGUAUCUGACACCCAGAAAAAGAAGUACCACGAGUCUAUUGUUGACCUCGUCUCCAGCUUGUAUCUCAAAUCGAAGUAUAGCGACUUGACCAUUGUUUGCGAUGGCCAGAUCUUCUCAGCCCAUAAACUUAUUCUUUGCUCUAAAUCGAGAUAUUUCCAAAACAAGAAAACUAACGAUGAGAUUUAUCUGAAGGAGAAAGAACCAAUCCUAGUUGAAAAGAUGUUGGAGUUUCUCUACACGGGAGACUAUACCUUUGAACGCAGUAAAACCAAACUGGUAGAUACACAGACGAAUGGCAAAGAGGUGACAGCAAUAGAUCCAGAGUCUCCAGGAGACCCGACAAUCUUGAUACCAGAGGAGCCUCUCGUGGACGAGCCUACAGAAGCGAUAGCAUGUUUCUCAAAUGAGACCGAUGGGUCCCUGACGGAGACAGAGGCCACUUAUAAAAGCCCAACGGCAGAAGAGAAGCUUGCAGAGGAGUUGGUGGAUGAAAUAUUGAUGGAAGAGAGCCAAGCUCCGAUUGACAAAGUCCACGGACAAGAUUUAUGCGAGAAAGGGGAUGCCGUGGAGCUCCUUGUCAACAGAUUGACAGACUGCCACCCAAGCUACUUUCAUGUGCUCAUGUAUGGCGAAGCGAUCUUCUUCAACAUCAGCGAGUUGCGAAUCAAAGCAAAAGCAAACUUCCGUGCCUCUUUUAUGGAUUGUCCCGAAAGAGCGUCCUUUGCAAAGACAAUUGAGAAAAUUUAUUCAACAGAGGGAAGCUAUUGGAGGUUGAAGACAUCAGCGAUUGACAUGAUCACGGACAGCUUACCCAAACUUUGGGAAGCAGAGACACCGGUGAUUGAUAAAAAUCUCGUCAAUUCAGUCCCCGAUUUUGGCUACGACUUAUGGCACGCCACAAUGAACAAGUAUGCUGCUCCAGCUGAUACACCCAGUUCCGUUGCGUUAGCAGAAGAUGAUCAUUUCUCAAAGCAGGUGUAG